AUGUCCUUCCCACCAGAGGAGCGCGCCCUCCCGAAUCCCCCUCCUGCGACCUCCACCACCCCCGUUGCCAAUGGCCCGUCGAACGGCAAGACGUCACAAGCGGCAACGAAGGGUGGAUUGGUCCCCACCAACAACGUUACCACCAAGGAUGGCAUCACGGUCCGGACGCGAAUCGAGCCCAGUCUCGCUGUCGAGGACGUCAUACGACAAUUGUGUAUCAGCUUGAAGCUCAAGGACCCUCCUGUCAUGUACGCGUUACGGGAUGAAAGCGACGAGCUAGUAACGAAUGACAACUUGCGGAAGAAGAUAAAGUCGAAGAUGAAUCUCAAGCUUGUCAAUGCUCCUGCAAUUGAAGCCGCAGAGAUCGUGGAGAAGCUAAGCUCGAGGGACCAGACCAAGGAUGCGAAAGUUGGUCUAGCAUUAAUGUCGUUGCGCAAGUUGAUUCGCGAAGAGCCAUUUGCAAACGAGUUCCUGCAACGAGACGGUCUGCAUGAACUCAUAGACGUCAUCAAUACAUCCUACGGGAACACACUUGCUUAUGCGCUAACUGCCAUGCAGAACCUGAUGGAGUUAGACUACGGUUGGGCGAACCUUGACAACAACUUCAUAUUGAAGGUGGUCCAGAUUCUGUCGUCGGAGCAAUCCCUCAUCAAUGUUUGCCGACCUGCAACUGCGAUUCUCAAGAAACUCGUGGAGGCUGAUCCUGGGGCCGCUUCGGGAAACCUCAACAACCCCGGCUCAAGCAGGGGUCCACCAAGUCCGCCCCCUGGAUCCGUAUACAGGUAUGGCUUCGAUGUCGUCUUUGAGCAGAUGCGGAAGGAACGGAGGCUUUUGGAGACGGUUGUGAGUCGGUUGGGUAGUGCGGACACGACAAUGGCUCUGUACAGUAUGAUGUUGAUCAACUCAUUAAUGGCCCACGCGAGUGAUCCACGAUGGGACGAGUUCAUCGCCGAAAUAGAACGAUUGAAUGUCCGGAAGGCUGUUAUUCGGCUCAUGUCUUCACAUACCAUAGAAGACUUGACCUCAUGUAUCCUGGACUUCCAGGCCAACAUGGUCCGUGUUACGUUCCGCAAGAAGACUACCCUUGUCGAACCCGACUUCGAACCGCUGCACAGCUCGGCCCUGCAGCUCAUCUGGGAGAAGAGUCGGUUAAAUGAAGAACGUGAGGAUGCCAACACUUUCAUCAAGUGGAGACAGAUUGGUUUCGAUUCGGAGGACAUUGGAAUAGAGUUCCGCGAAGUUGGUGUGCUUGGUCUUGAUUGCCUGAAAUACUUUGUGGAGAAGGAUCCCGAUUACUGGGCCAAGGUUGUUCAAGAGCAGCUCAGUCGACCAGAGGAGCGACGAUGUCCGAUUGCGAAAGCGUCGAAUGAAGUCACCGACCUCUUGUCGGAACACUGGGCAAUCUAUGCGCCGGGAUACUCCACAUCGACAACAUUCCAGCCGUUCUUCCUCAACUUCCCCAAAGUACACUCCCUUGCGUUGCACUUCUUCUUGCGCAUGUGGAAUGAGAGCGCAUCCUCCACCGGCGACUUCCCCCGUCUCGUGGCGUUGACCCGUAGCCAAGUCAAGGUCGCUUUGAAGCGGGAGAAUAUCCGACCAUGGCAUGAAGUCGAACAGGAGUUCCUGGAAUGCGAGUAUCGCUUAGUUCGCGAUAGGCAGAUGAAGGAACUCGAGAUGGAAGACGACAUUAUGAGCAAGGUUCCCAUUCGAAACUUGCGCGCCAAGUUGUACAAGGAGUCUUUCGAGUUCGUGCGCCAGCAGCGCAUCCACUGUCUACUUGACGGAGCCUGGUUUAUGAACGGUAUCCCCAUCGCGUCUGGAGUCUCAAGAGAAACAAUGAGGCGACCAACACGACCUUUCCGUUUCCUUCGGCUGGACGCGGGACUCAAAUAUCUCCACUUCGUUGACAGCGCCGUGAAGUUCCCCGUCCGCAAGGGCCUAGAAGACCUCCCCGAGCGCAUCGAGAUCGCGAUGAUCUCCGAAGUCGCGACCGGCACCUCCGCGCCUUUCCCGCACAUCCGCAGCGAGAUGCAGGUUGAUCUCCCUGUCGGCCCCGGGGCGCCGAUGGCCUCCGCGCUUUCCUUCUCGCUCCUCAGCACCACCAGCGGGGGCUCUCUCGCCGACCAGAUCGCCUCCGACCAAGCGCAGUGGGCCGACUGGACCGACGGCCUGAACAUGCUCCGCCGUGACGGCGGCCACGUAGCCUCGCAGGAGACGGAGCUCUUCGUGCAAGCGUUGACCGAGAUCGGGCUCAAGAUCAAGUUGCUUGAUCUCUCAGGAGAGAAGGUCGAGAUCCCCAGCGGACUCGUUGCCGGCCCGCCACCGAUGAACAGCGAUUUCUUCUUCUCGGACCUUUCCUACGACCCCACCGCGCAGUAG